UAGAAUCUAUAGUAUAGAAAAUUUGAUUUAAUUCUUAAAGUUGAAUACAAUAUAUUAUUAUAAUCUAUUAUAAAUAAAAUUUCAUAAAACAAUGUCUAAAAUAAAGUUGAUUAUGCAAUUACCAUGGUUAGUUAUACUAUUGGCAAUAGUAUCAAGUCAAUUUAACAAUCUUGUAAAAUGUGACAAUAAUAACACCAUUAAUAACGCCAUUAACAACUAUAGCGGCAAUAAUCUCAACAACAAUAGCGGCAAUAAUAUCAACAACAAUAGCGGCAAUAAUCUCAACAACAAUAGCGGCAAUAAUAUCAAUAACAAUAGCGGCAAUAAUAUCAACAACAAUAGCGGCAAUAAUCUCAACAACAAUAACGGCAAUAAUCUCAACAACAAUAGCGGCAAUAAUCUCAACAACAAUAGCGGCAAUAAUAUCAACAACAAUAGCGGCAAUAAUCUAAACAAAAACAACUCUAUGUUUCCUGAUUUACCUCCAAUUCCAUUAUUAACAUCUAGGAUGACUGGACAGUGGUAUGCAAUUUACGGAUCAAAUCUUAAAGAGUUUAGACAUUUGGUUAUUGAAAAAGUAAUCGGAAGUUAUCCACCGGAAUUAAUACUAAAAAUGAGUAGUGGACCAAAUAGACAAAAUAUGACUGGAUAUACAGUAUUGGAUAACAAUAAUUAUAUAUAUGUUACCUAUGAUAAUGGUAUGAGAGUCUACUACUAUGUACUUGAAUACGAUUCUGAACGCUAUUUUGUAAUGAUGUUUACACCGACAGUCAAUAAAAAAGGUGGUCUAAUAAUCUAUUCCCGAUCCGAACAAACCGUACCCGAAAAUACUAGACUUAUGAACAAAAUUUACAGAUCAUUGGAUCGUUUGGGUUUUAAGGGUGAUUUAAAACAACUACCAAAACUACAACCAAAACCAAAACCAAAACCAAAACCUAUUAUUAUAAGACAUGAAUGAAUUACGACACUACACUAAACUAUAGCAUUUAAUAGCACCAGUAGUUUGAAUUAUAUACAAACAGUUAUUUAUAUUUAUAUAUUUUUUCAA